UAGGACAUUCAUGCGAUGCACGUACAGCUCGCCCUUCUUGUGACAGCCUCACGCUUCUCACCACUUGGCGGUGGUCGGCAUACGUAGCCUACUAUUACUUACUCUAGGACUGUUGGAAACAUUGUUUAAAUCAACAUUUCAGCGCUAUUCUGCGUCGUGAAUCAUGGUUUCCACCCCCUCCGUCAGCCAUAACGGCGGCGUUGGAGGCGUUAAUAGUGCAAAUGCUAGCUCGAGAGCUUCGCCUGCAGUCGGCGCCGCCAAUUCCGCAGGUCAUACUUCGUCAUCCAACGGCGCCAAAUCCAAGACGCAGGUCAACUCGAAUGGCUAUCACCCAACCAAUCCUCCAGUCCCUCUCAGCUCGAUGCGUAGUGCCCCGCUAGACCUUACAUCAGUCGAGAGAAGGGGUCAGCCCACGGCCGGUCGGGAGUCAUCUAAGCAAAAUAGGUUGUACGGGCUCGAAGAAGCACCAACCUACCGACCAACCGAAGAAGAAUGGAAAGAUCCGUUUGAAUACGUUCGCAAGAUUACUCAUGAAGCCCGCAAAUACGGUAUUUGCAAGGUCAUCCCUCCCGACUCGUGGAAUCCCGAUUUCGCGAUUGAUACCGAGGUGAGUCUAUGAAUAGCCCAAUCGGUACAAGGGGAGCAUAUUGCAGUGGUUUUCCAUCUUAUAGCGUCUACGCAUCUCGAUAGUAUCUCGAUUU